AUGCAAGCUAGAGAAUCUUCACAGAAGUACCUAAGAGAUGAGGUUUUAAAAGUUGAAGCUGACAUUAUGGGUGAUGUAUCAGUGGUCAGCUGGAAAGUGAUAGAUGAAGAUUCACCAAUGAAUUUUGAAAGAAUCAACAAACUUUUGACGUCUAAAGAAGACGAGAUAGCAAGACUGAGAGAUGAGCUAAAGAUUAUAACGGCUCACUGGAGGUUUAAGACAAAGGAAUUAGACGAUCAGGUGGAGAAUCAAAGGAGAAUUGAUCAGGAUCUCAAGAAGAAGGUGCUGAGGUUAGAGUUUUGCCCACGAAACACGCAUCCAAGCUCAAAAACUUCAAAAGGGCAGCGAAACGAUGUGGCAAUACAAGAACUCAAGAAGAAAUUGACUGCAAAAAGACAGCAUGAAGCUGUCUCCAUCUCAAUGCUCAUAUUAGUUGCCUUUUUUAGGCGUUGA